GAGACGUGGCUCGGGGGGGGGGUGGAGAGACACUCGCAACACGGAGACGAAGAGAGUAGCAGCCAGCGGCGGCGGCGGCAGCGAGAGGCGAACAGAUUAAGAAUGCUGUAAUAAUCGCAACUUGGGUCGAAUCAUUUUUUUUGCUUUGCUGCUUGAAGCUACCGCUGCUGCUGCUGCUGUCGCAACAGCGACGGUGAACUGGGAAUUGACGUCCCGCGAGAAGUUAACGGGGGGCUCGCGGAGUGGAGGAAACAAUCAAACUCGCCCUCGGUCGGACUUUUUAACGCAAUUAACUUUUGCGCGUGUCAGUCGAGUGGUGGUGGUGUUUUUUUUAAACCACGCGAAUCGCGGAGCUUGUAAACAACUUGGCAAAGUUGGUUCACGAAAGACUCGCAAUCCCCGUCGCCUGCCUCCUCCGAGUCAUCAUCAUCAUCAGCAUCAUCAUCAUCCGCUGCUGAUGAUGAUGCGGCUGCCACCGCCGGUUUCCGCUGUCUACUUUGUAAAUCGCUAAAAGUGAAAAGGAGGAGGAGGAGGAAGAACAAGCGACCCGGACUAAUGUCGCAGGAGGCUUCUUGGACAGCCGCCGUUUCGCUGGUUUGCGCGUUCAGUUGAACCGCUGUGAAAGCGGCGUUUGUCGGCAGUCUCAGACGGGGUCUUUUGGGGGGGGGAAGGGAGGGAAAGAGUAAAACCAGGAGAUAAACCCAGGAGAUAAACCCAGGAGCAGCCACCGGAUCAUUAACUCAUAGCAUUUAGUAAUUAGCUGUAAUAGUAAACCGCGCACGCGUAGUUACCGUAGUUAUUAUUGUGUCGGUACAGCGCACGCGUUCGUAAAACGAACAACUCAUUAUUAGCAACGGGAACAAACCAACCAACAACAACAACAGCAGCAGCAGCCAACAGAGACAACGACCAUCAUCGCAAUCACCGGGGGACACACGAGCCGAGAGACAACCCCACAAGACCGUGGCCACGAUGGACCUGAGAUUCUAUUCCCCGGCGGCCGGGAAAUGCUUUCCCGCAGAGCCCAACUCGAGCCUCGACCCGUCUCGCUGCGCCUCCUUCCCCUACUACACCAGCGGCAAGUUCGGAAGCGAAAACUACAUGGAUGUCAUGGAACCAAGCCACAGCUUUCUUCCAAAUACAGAGACAUUUCACACGCCAAGCCUCGGCGAUGAAGAGUUCGAAAUCCCACCCAUCAACCCCCUCAAUGAAAUGGAUCCUUCUGGAUUGAUUCUGGAUGAUUCUGUGGUGCGGUAUCAUGGGCUGGAAGAUACUAUUCCACCACAGGGGGGACAGUAUGUGCCACAUUUCCCACCACAAAAUCUGGACCUGCCAGCCAUCACUGUUUCCCGAGGCAUGAUGGGAGGUCACAUGAAUGGCAUGGCAAUGGCUCAAGCUAACCCAGCGUUCUUUGGGCACGACCCUCACCUGGGCUUCCCUCACAUGAUUCCCAUGGGUGGCCUGGGCCAGCCAGGCUCCAUGCUGCCACCACACGGGCAGCUCACCACCAUCAACCAGUCCCACCUGGGCCUGGGGGCUAUUGGGGCCGGGGGAGGCGGUGGCGGUGGUGGCGGCGGCAUGGCGGGGCUACCGUACGGCUCGCCCUCACCUCCCGGAAGCAAGUCUGCCACGCCGUCUCCGACCAGCUCGGCUAAUGACGAGGAGGCGGACGAUGCGGCUCGGAACGGCGGAGAGAAGCGGCCUGCUCCCGACUCCGUGCUCAAGAAGCCCAAGAUGCCCAAGAAGAAAAAGAAGAAGGACCCCAACGAGCCCCAGAAGCCCGUGUCGGCCUACGCGCUCUUCUUCCGCGACACGCAGGCGGCCAUCAAGGGGCAGAACCCGAGCGCCACGUUCGGAGAGGUCUCCAAGAUCGUGGCCUCCAUGUGGGACGGCCUGGGAGAGGAGCAGAAACAGGCAUAUAAACGAAGAACUGAAGCAGCUAAAAAGGAGUACUUGAAGCAGCUUGCGGCAUACCGAGCCAGCUUAGUUUCCAAGUCCUACCCUGACCCAGGCGACACCCAGCCUCCACGUGUCACGCAGGGCGGCAUAUCGCAGGUCAACAUGUCGUCGUCCUUCCCAAUGUCACAACAAUCUCCGGGCAUGGCCUCCCAGCUGCAGCCCAUCCCCAGGACCAUCGCACCCAAGCCGCAGGUGAACCAGGGACAACCUCAGCAACAGCAGCAGCAGCAACAGCAGCAGCAGCAACAGCAGCAGCAACAACAGCAGCAGCAGCAGCAACAACAGCAGCAACAGCAACAGCAGCCACAGCCGACGCCCGUCGGGAUGGUGAUGUCGCCCCGGCCGAUGAGGAUGAGCCCCCCUCGCCCACACCACCACCCACACCCUCACCAGCACCAUCACCACUCGCCGCACGGCAUGCCCACGCAGAUGAUGACGCCGGGCCAGGCGAUGGUGCCACCCCACGGCAUGCCCAUGCAGCGCCUGCACCCAGCGCAGGGCCCGCCCAUGGGGAUGCCCACACCCCAGCAGCAACAGCAGCAGCACAUGCAGCACGCGGCAGCGCAGCAAGCCCUGAUGGGACAACCGCAGGAGCCCCAGCCGCCGCACUCUCAGCCGCAGGGGCAGCCCCAGCCGCCGCAGCCGCAGGGCCAGCACAUGAUGGUGUUCGGGCAGCAGUUGAUGGGCAGCCCCAUCCAGUCACCUCACGGCUUCGCUCAGCCACCGCCCGGGCCGCCCCAGCACCACCCGAUGGGCGGACAGCAGCAGCAGCCGCAGCCACAGCUGCACUGUGAGCCGAUUGGGCCAGACCAGCAGUCUAUACAGGUGUACUCCCCGCAGCAGGGCGACUCACGACCCAUGAUGGGCUCCCCUCCGCCGCCUCAGCCCAGCCUGCCUUCCCCGCAGGGACAGCCGCCCCCGCACCGGUCGUGCGUCCGCGCCGGCUGCCCCAACCCGCCGGCUCCCAGCGCCGACUGGGACAGCAGCUACUGCAGCAGCGAGUGCGUGGUCCACCACUGCAGAGAUGUGUUUAUGGCUUGGGUGGCGGGAAGAAACCAGAGCAAUGCUGCUCCUGUCAAGUGAAGCCACUGGACGGGACACUGACUGAAGCGUUGUGUGCUUUGCAGUGAUUGCUGGAACUUGAAAAACGAUGAUUCAAAAAGGAAAGUACGCAGAUCAGAGUGGGAAGGGUGACUCUCGCGCCGACACAGGAACGCUGUCUGGAUUUUCUUCUCUCCCGAAGGCGAAACACAUAACUGUACUGCGUCACGUCACGCAAGUUCUCUUUUAAACCCUGUAGAAAUUAUUAUCCCUUAUCCUCUCUACGCUUUAACUGAACACCUGUGUUUUGAUAUAUCACUACAUGUAAAUGUUCUCUACGGUUACCGCUUGCUGCGAGCAAAGCUAAUCGUUCGUGUAAAAGCCACACGUGUAAAGGAUGGUGCUUUUUUUUUGUUCUUCUGUUUGUGACGCUAUCAGUAAUCGGAUGUACAGCCCACAUAUGUGAAAAACACAGACAAACAGACCACAAACCUUGCGCCGACAGUUGAUAACUACAGCACAGUUUUACCAAAACGAGCAGCAGUAACCUCUCGGAGCCGGGGCUGACUGUGCUAAUCCACGCCGCAUUGUCGGGCGCGUCCAGAGAAAAAAAAAAACAUUUCACCGUUGUACAUUCACAGAGAACGACUGAACAGACGAUGGCACCGGACGAAUGCAUUUGUGCGACGCUUGACCACUUCUCAUGCUUAUCCCCCCCUGCCCAAGUUGCAGGGUGCACUGGGUGCACCCAGUUGGAAGGGAGGGGGGCAGCACCCUGCUUUCUUUUUUUUGAUCCCACGGUGACCCCGGUCGGCACAGACCCGAAUGCGGAUAUCGUUGCAUUUAUCAGACACUUUACCAGGCUAGGAUGUGUGGAAGAAGACGCACGGGGGAUUUAAUUCUGUGUGUUAGCCUCAUUAACUGAACUGGGGGUGAGAGGGGGGGGGGGUCUGGCAGGGGCUUCAGUAAAUGACUCUCCCACACGUUUCAUCGCUAUGGUUUUUGUUUUCUAUAAGGUGCCUGUCUGCCUGUCUUUUUUUUAUCUGCUAUAUAAAUGUGUGUAAUGCACGGAUUGCUAUUUAAGAAAUGAAAAAAAAAUAAUGUAAAAACAGAAAAAAAUGUACUUUGAAAUGGAGAACUGGGAAUCCACUGCCAAGGCAAACGUUAAGAUAUCAAUGUGGUUUUCAGUUGGCCGGAGAUAAAUUGAAAAAAUGGCAGUGUACAAAUUGUGCGUGCAUCAUAUAUAUACAUACCUGGCUGCCAAGAGGGUAGAACCUCGCAUUCAGUAUCUCCUCCUUUGCUGUUGGGGUUUUCGUUUUUCUGUUUUUGCAACUUUUGCAAUCUUAGCACUUGUUUGUUGGAGCUGUAUGUGGCUGAACAAAUGUACUUGUAAGUUGUGGCAAAUAAAAUAAAAAUAAAAAAAUUCCAGCCUGGGUUACCUAGGGCUUUAACGAGAUAAUUUGUAAAAAAAAAAAUAAUAACGUGGUGAUGAUGUUUUUUUUUCUUUUCUAGCGAAGAAAAUACACAGGAAAAAAAAUGUUUGGGAUUUGUAAAGUAAGACGAAAACACAAUUAAAACAAACCAUGCUUUUUAGCUCUCCGUUUAAACCACACCUUAUAUUCUGCUACCAAAAAAUGAAAAAAAACCAGUGAAAAUAUUUACAUUUUGUAAUCUACGGUAUAUUGCAGAAGUUAAUAUAGCUUUUUUGUAUGUCGUCGUGUGUAGAAUAAAAAAGAUAAAUCCGCCAGAUUUUUAAGUGAAAUCCAUUUGCAUUAAAUGCCAAAAUAGCUUUCUAAUUGACUGCUGGGGGUAUAGUUUUAACAGAGGGGGUGUUGAAGUUGGCUCCAUGUAGCCUUAAAAGCAUUCAAUGGUAUAAUAUGAUGUAAUAAAUUAAAUGUUUCUGUUUCUUAUUUAAUUUUGUUUUUGUAUUUGAAAAUGAGGCUUUAUUUAAACUGUAAUAAUGACAUUUUAAGGAGGUCAUCACCAUCUUUUAAAACAUUUCUCUUGUUUAGUGUAAAUCAGUCUCUCGGAUUUGGUGGUAUUAUUGUUAUUAUUAUUUGUUUGUAAUUUUUUGGGCCACAAUAAAUUAAGUCAUCACAAAAUGUGA